UUUCGUUACACUACUACUACCCGAUCAAAACAGUUUCCUUCUCCUUCUUCUUCUCUCUUUCAAUGGAAGACGAAGUCAACAGAGAACUCGACCUUCUGCCAUCUUCGCGCUCCAACUCCUCCCUCCUCCGCCUCUGCUCGGCGGUCUCCUCCUCCUCCACCACAGACUGCGGCGGAGGCGGCGGCGGUGCCCCCUCGCUCGACCUGCAGCUCUCCAUCAGCGUGCGGCCGCCGGCGGCCGUGCUGAUGUGCGACGGCGUGGAGGCACUCAAGUGGCAGGCCGCGGAGCAAAUCCGCCUCGCCGCGAUGGAGAAAGCCUACGCGGAGCGGGUGAGGGAGCUCACCCGGCGCGAGAUGGAGAUGGCGCAGACGGAGUUCGCACGUGCGCGCCAAAUGUGGGAGCGUGCGAGAGAAGAGGUAGAGCGAGCCGAGAGAAUAAAGGAGCGUGCCACCAGACAGCAGGUGGAUUCCACGUGCAUGGAGAUCACUUGUCAUUCCUGUAGGCAAAGGUUCAGGCCCGCUUGAAUUCAAUUCAUCCACCAAAAUAAAAAAAAAACCAUUCCAAUGACAGGACAAUUAAUACUCAGGUACCCGAGCAAGGUCCCAUGAGAGAGGAUGGGAGAGUUAAUAAUACCGAAUCAUUAAUCAGUUUUCUUUAAUUUUUU